AUGGCCGAGCCAAGGAUGUCUCAGUCAUCUUCAGAACCACGGAGGGCCUGUGAAGAAUGCAAUCGCAAGAAGACAAAGUGUGAUAUGAAACAUCCUGUCUGUGGCCUCUGCUUACGCACUGGGAAUACUUGCCAUUUCCCCUCGAAAAGGAAGAAGCCUGUCUCGCGCAAGCCUCAACUGAAGGCACAAUCACGCCAAAUAAGCGACAGUCUUUCCAAAUUGGUUCAAGUCCUUGAAGCUGCAUCUCGCUCAGAGGGCGAAGAAGGCCAAUCACAUGCUCGUCCGUUGAUAACAAAUUCAGUCCUUCGAGACUCACUUAGAGGAUUUCUAGCAGAGAUCGACUCGUCACAGAAACAGGUAUCUAACGAUUCUGAAUCUCUUACGCACCAUCCGCAUAUUCCAUCAUCCAUUGAAGACGACGAAGAAAGCGAGGAGAAGGAGCUUAAAUCCAUUGAAGACGGCUCCGACAAUACUGUCAAUCACAGAAGCACUUCGAUUACUGACCAAGACGCGGAAUCAGGCACCCCGCCCAAUACAGGGAAAGGGACUGCUGAGAUUACCUGCUCCAUGGCUGUAGAUUUGGUCUGCCUAUUCUUCGACAAAAUUCAACCGUGGCUCCCUUUAUUACAUCGACCGAGAUUUCAAGCACAUUUUGAGGCAAAAAUACUAGUCGAUGGAGAUGUGAUGAAAGGCCUUUCUCCUGAUGAUGCGCUUUUGUUCUACAGCAUGUUUGCGCUCUCUGCGAGAUUCUCCAAUCAUCCGGCAUUCAGCAGUGUUCCCACGUUCAAAAGAGGUCAUUGGUUUGCAGAACAAGCAAGACGAAUCUACACCCAGGCGCGUCCAACACAGACACCGUCUGUGACAUAUUUACAAGGCUGCAUUCUACUCGCAAACUACUUCUAUACUUCUGGUCCAACACCCCAAGGAUGGGUUCUAAUCGGAGUGUGCGUCCGUUUGGCUUACGAGUUGGGCUUAUCAGAAAUAGAUGAUGAAGAUUGGACUCCAGUCUCUCCUAUUGGAAAUAUAGACAAGGAGGAAUUGAGACGAGCUUGGUGGUUAGUAUGGGAAUUGGACACCUUCGCUUCAUGCGUCUCCCGGAGACCGUAUGCAAUUGACCGCAAGAGGAUGGCAGUGACGCUACCGAUCUCGGAUGAAGCUUGGUUCGCAGGAACCGAGAUACAAUCAGCAGAGUUACUUUAUCUUCAAGGCCAGUCUUGGCGAUCUCUAUCCGGUUGCAGUAAUCAAGACGAAAGGGCUUGGUUCCUCGUGGCGAAUCAUUUCAUGGCCACCAUACACGAUCGCUUGCAGCAACGACAAGAUGUGUCAAUGGAUGAGAAGUUGACAUUGCAGAAUGAAAUUGUUUGCUUUAAGCUAGCACUGCCAGCAACGCUUCGAUUGGAAGCCGAGAACUUGAUAUUUACGCCAGAGACAUUCGCAAAAUGCAACUGGGUGAUUGGCAUUCAUCUAAUGCUCAUGACUAUAUCUUUCAUGGUAUCUGGAAUUGCGACUGCCGAUGCCGAUGAUCGUAGCGUCUCAAGUGCCAACAACACAGUGUUGCCGUCAUUGCGGCAUCGGGCGAUUGAACUGUCAAAAAUAAUAGGCUUUUGGGAUGCAAGAUACAUAGCACUUGCACACCCUUUCCUUACCUGCAUGACCCUACCAACAUAUGCGAUUGAUGGAGAGGUAUUGAAGACGCAGCCUCUCAUUGUCACAGCGCAUGACCUGGCGAAGCUUGUCCUAGGCCAUUUUAGUGAUAAAUGGAAGCUAGGUUGUGUUGUUUCGGAAAUCGCAAAGAUGCUGGAACGGCCUGGUUCCCUAAAUGUCGAAGAGAAGCAACUCGCAAGAAGAUAUGCGGUGUUUUUCCGCAUGCCACGGCUCACAAUCAAUAGCCCGGUGGGAUCUACAAGCCAGAAUUAUGGAUAUGAGGUCAAUCAAACCAGUGCCGGCGAUCCUUCCCAGUACCUAGGAGAGAUGAUCAGUCAUCAACAGCCCGGCCAAGCCCCAGACGAAUACCCGCGGUCAGUAAGCAUGUCUGACAAAGACGGAAUGCCCAACUUUGCAGCAUAUGGACAACAGAACUUUCCGAAUCUUCAAGCAAACAUGUACGAUGAACAAAACGACCUUGACUUUGGGUUUGCUGAAUUUUUUGGUGGCUAUCAUGACCUCGACUUCAUGCAGCCACCAAUCAGCUAG